CCUACACAAAGCUUCUUGACAAUUUUUCCUGCAUUAGGAAUGCCACCUAAAAAUGAGCGGCGACCCAGAGAUCCCCGGCCAGGGGGGAGGGUCGGGAUAAAACGUAACCGUCGGACAACAGCUCAACUCCGGGAACGAAGUCCAAAUCACACGGCCACACCUGGACGGAUCGACAAGCCCCGGCAGAGGGGCAGCCACAGCCCACUGAGGAGGUCCCUCGAUAACACACCGGAUAACCCGGCAGCCUUUUCAUUGGCAUUUUACGGUUUGCUCAGAGUCAAUGAAGUUUUGUCAUUGCUGAUUUCACAGUUUCUCAAAACCAGCUGUCAAGUGUCAGUAUUUUUACAUAGGUGCAAGACCAACCAAACCGGCAAACCCCUAGUUUAUCAAAUUAUCAAACUUCCGGACACCAAUUUCUGUCCAACACUACCGAUUAAGUACUGUAAAUUGCCCCCUGCUUUAGAAGCAGGUGGGGGAAACAACCAGGUUUUGGAGCUGAAACCGUCAUCACAUACCAUUACCGACUCCCCAGUUCGGCCACAGACAUUGGAACAAUGUCCCCCACAAAAACAAGUAGCAUGA